AUAUAUAUAUAUAUAUAUAUAUUUGUAUACAAUUCUCUGUGAUAGAAUAUCUUUACGUUCGUGUAAUAACUUACUUAAAAGUGCCAAAACCCUGAUACAUUUCGUCUUUUUAAUAUAAGUGCGUGUCUCUUCGCUUUCACUUGUAUCUGCAAUUUAUAUGAAUGGAUGAACCCAAACUAAAUGUAGUUUUUGCAAUCUUCGUGAAGAUUUGAAAAGCACUUUACAAUGAGCAAGGCAAGUGACAAAACAUUGGGGUAGCACACCAGUAGUUUCUGUGUUAGUAUAUCAUUAUCCCAUGCCUUUCACCUCCAUGCGGUGAUUUAACAUGAUCCUGAACUGGCAUAACACUAGUUGUAAACAAGAUUUCUGUUUCACUUGGGGCACUUUUGUGCCUGAAGGACAUUUAAUCUUGUUGGCAUAGCUUGGCUACUUGGGCUGAGGUAUAUUUGUAUCAGGCUCUACGUUGAUUAUGAUCGCCUGAGUCUCUUUAAUAACUCCCUAUCAUUUCAGUAGGUGGAUAUGUAUUUUAUCAUAUGGAUUUGCUACCUAAAGGCUGUCAUAAAUUUAAUAGGUGUAGGAAGAUGUAAGACAAUAUAAGUGUUCUGUAUUCUCAAUAGAUCACUGGAUUAUUUCUAUAAUUACCCAACUUUUAAAUUUAUUCGAAACCCACUGGUUUAUCCCAAGCUUUGUUUUUAAUCGACUUCUGAAACUGCCGAAGUCCUGUCUUUUGGAAACCCCACUGAUGGAUAUACACAUAGUAUGGGAUGGUGGAGAUUUGUAGCUCAGAUCGAUGAUUUUGAUGGAGUUUUAUUCUCUUAGCUGGAUGGCUUGGUCGUGGAGCUUUCACCGUUUCCCUGAAUGACAUCAUCAGCACAAACUUCAGGUAGUUUUGUUGUCGUUCAGAAGGACGACGAGAGCUCCGCUACCAAACCAUCCAGCUCAGGGAACAAAACUCCAUCACAAAUAGUAUGGGUCUUACUCAUGGUUCUUAAGACGCAAGGCUUGACUGUGGCCAAAUUUUAACUACUCUUAGUAAGACGGUGCGUAGCACCUGGCUUUUAUUUAUGUUUAGACUUCCAGUAAGUUCGCUGCACUAACGGUCUGUUUCAGAUUUAGUGCUGCAAUUAUAACUCAAUAGACAUCGAUUUGGCACACAAACAAUUAGAUAAAAACUUUAAUUUCGUCCUUGUCAUAUGCACUAAUUUCCAACAUCUCUACUUCUAUCUUAAGCUGUAUCCAUAUAUCAUUGUCACUAUAUUUCUCACCAGUUUAUCAUGGGUAGAUAGUUUUUUUAUGUGUUCGUUUGACAAGAUUUAUCCUCCCGAUGGCUUUUAUUUUCCAAAAGGUUAUAUAGCAUAAAUAAUCAAAAAUAACACUCAGUACAGCAGAUGUCUUUUCUGUUCGAAAUAGUGUACAUUAACAGUAAAACAUGCUGUCGUUCGACCGAAUUCUCACUAGGGGGAAGGGCCUGGUCGAUUUCCCGCCCUGUUCAAAGUAACGAAUGUGUAUCUUUGCAUUAAAAACGGAUAUUCAUAAUACAUAGUGAUAUUGCGUUCAAACAAAGAUUCCUAAAAUUCUCGCUUUCUUUAGUCUUAAUACCUGGUCAUCCGAGUAAGAAUGUCUACAAAGGCUAGACGCCGUCUUAUGAACGAUUUCAAAAAAAUUCAACUUGAUCCCCCUCCUGGUGUAUACGCUGUUCCACUUGAUGACAACAUAAUGAAAUGGCAUGCAAUUAUUUUGGGGCCGGAUGGCACAGCAUUCGCAGACGGUAUAUUUCGGCUAACAAUGGAGUUCACCGAGAACUAUCCUAACGUCCCACCGAUUGUGCGAUUCGUUUCCAAAAUGUUUCAUCCUAAUGUGUAUAGUGAUGGUAGUAUAUGUUUGGAUAUAUUGCAAAACAUGUGGUCUCCGUCAUAUAACAUUGGAGCAAUAUUAACAUCAUUACAAUCACUUUUGGGGGACCCAAACCCCAACUCUCCUGCAAAUACGACAGCAGCAGAAUUAUUUGAAGAAGACAAACGCCAAUAUGAAACACAAGUCCGAGCCGUUGUUGAGGAAUCGUGGCGAAACGAUGAACCUGUUGAUUGACUUAGUACUGUAUUUGAGCACUUGAUUUAUGUACUUGUAAAUAAUAUUAAUUACUGAAGUGUACCAGUUCUUAUAACAUAAUGUAUGAAUAACAUAUUAUCUAAGACGUAGUUUACGUAAACUACUAUUUUUAAUAUGGCAAUUUAUGAAAUCGCG